GUCUAUGAAACGGAUCCGAACGAUGCCAUACGUCAAGUGCACGCGCUGGCGGACGAGAAAGGAAUUGAAGAGAGUGUGCGAAUCGGAGACAUUUACGCAGUGAUGAUCGUUCAUAACGUGCGCAAGUCGAACUUCAAAAAGGUACGCACGCGUAAGUGGAUGCGGCUUACCGCAAAUUCUCUCAUCUCCGUAUGUCUCUCAUUUCAGGCUUACACGCUGAUCGAACAACUGCAGCAGCGUCAGCCUCGUAUCGAUGUGUCACGCUAUGUGAAUGCACAGAUUUUGGACACUAUCUGUGAUGCACUACAGAUCAAACGUAUCACCGCAAUACUGAAUACUGCUCAAGAGGUGUGCUCUGACGAGGACGGCAAUGCGGGAGGGGUCGUGGAAUACAGUCAUGCGAUGAAGCGCCAGUUACAGCAAGAGACUUCUUUCGGAGAAAGUACUCUCCGUCAGGUACUCGACUGA